AUGGUUUGCGCCGCCAUCUCAGUAGCCGGCGGACCUGCCACGUCCCUCUCCCGUCGUCCAGCACUCGGCCUCCACAGCCGUCGCCUGCUCUGGGCUCGCGCGACGAGUCAAUAUACAAUGAGCCGGGUUGCGCCGCGGCUGAGCUCCACCAUGGUUGGGGCCCCCACCCCCGACCAUGACGAAGCACGCGCAGGUGCGCAGGGAGGUGAUGGGAUUGGCUUUGAUAUGAUUAUCAGAGUGAAGCAAGCACUCAUAUCACUGUCGGAUAAAACAGACUUGGCCAGUCUUGGAAACGGUCUUCAGAGCUUGGGGUUUUCUAUCAUCUCCACUGGCGGUACAGCGUCAAGCCUGGAAGCAGCUGGAGUGAAUGUUACAAAAGUUGAACAGAUUACACAUUUUCCUGAAAUGCUUGAUGGAAGGGUAAAAACAUUGCACCCCAGUAUACAUGGUGGUAUUCUUGCACGAAGAGACCAGGAGCAUCAUCUUAAAGCAUUGAAUGAGCAUGGCAUCGGGACAUUUGAUGUGGUUGUAGUGAAUUUGUAUCCAUUCUAUGAUAAGGUCACCUCUGGUGCAAUUUCUUUUGAGGAUGGCAUUGAAAAUAUUGAUAUUGGUGGGCCUACAUUGAUCCGGGCUGCAGCGAAGAAUCAUAAGGAUGUUCUUGUUGUUGUGGAUCAUCAUGAUUACCCUGCUCUAUUGAAAUAUCUACAAGAAAAGCAAGCGGACCCGCAGUUCCGCAAGAUGCUAGCAUGGAAAGCUUUCCAGCAUGUUGCUUCUUACGAUUCAGCUGUCUCAGAGUGGUUGUGGAAGCAAACGAACAGUGGAGAUACAUUUCCCCCAAGUUUUACUGUUCCCCUCUCGAUGAAGUCUACACUUCGGUAUGGUGAAAAUCCUCAUCAAAAGGCAGCAUUUUACGGUGACAGGAGUCUUUCUCUAGUCAAUGCCGGUGGUAUUGCAACAGCAGUUCAGCACCAUGGAAAGGAAAUGUCCUAUAACAACUACUUGGAUGCUGAUGCUGCAUGGAAUUGUGUGUCAGAGUUUGAGAACCCUACUUGUGUUGUGGUUAAGCACACCAAUCCGUGUGGCGUUGCAUCCCGCCAGGAUGUUCUUGAGGCAUAUAGAUUAGCUGUAAAGGCAGAUCCUGUGAGUGCAUUUGGGGGAAUCGUUGCAUUCAACACCACAAUUGACGAGGAUCUUGCAAAGGAGAUCCGUGAGUUUAGAAGUCCUACAGAUGGCGAGACACGGAUGUUCUAUGAGAUCGUGGUGGCACCAGGAUACACAGAGAAGGGCCUCGAGGUCCUCAAAAGGAAAUCGAAGACGCUGAGGAUCCUUGAGGCGAAGAGAAGUGGGAAAAACAUGUUGUCGCUCAGGCAGGUCAGUGGUGGUUGGCUAGCUCAAGAGUCGGACGAUCUAGCCCCAGAAGACAUCACCUUCACGACAGGUUCUGAGAGAGCUCCGACAGACAGCGAGCUCUCGGAUGCCAAGUUUGCCUGGCUCUGUGUGAAGCACGUGAAGAGCAAUGCCAUUGUGAUUGCCAAGGACAAUUGCAUGCUGGGCAUGGGAAGCGGGCAGCCAAACAGGGUGGACAGCCUGAGGAUCGCCUUCAGGAAAGCAGGGGAAGCUGCCAAGGGAGCCGCUCUGGCCAGCGACGCCUUCUUCCCAUUCGCCUGGAAGGACGCCGUGGAGGAGGCGUGCGAGAACGGCAUCGGAACGAUUGCGCAGCCCGGUGGCAGCAUGAGGGACAAGGACGCCGUCGACUGCUGCAACAAGUAUGGCGUCUCCCUCCUCUUCACCGGCGUCCGCCACUUCAGGCACUAA